AUGCACUGGAUAAAUGACCUGCCGUCCCUCCUCGCGCAGGUAAAUUCUAUUUUAAAGCCAGAUAGUCCGUUCAUGGCCGUGAUGUUUGGAGGGGACACUUUAUUCGAAUUACGCACUUCCUUGCAAUUAGCAGAUCUCGAGCGCAGAGGUGGUGUAAGCCCUCAUGUAUCUCCGCUUGCUGACGUACGAGAUAUUGGCGGAUUGCUGACCAAGGCUGGGUUCAAAUUGCUCACAGUCGAUGUGGAGGAUAUCGUGGUGGAAUACCCUGAUACCUUUGCCCUCAUGUCAGACCUCCAGGCAAUGGGGGAGAGUAAUGCAAUCUUGCGGAGAGAAGCCGGGCCAAUUUCUAGAGACGUUCUAUUGGCGAAUGAGGCAAUAUAUAGAAGCUUACAUACGGAAGAAGGUGAAAGAAAUAUACCUGCUACCUUCCGGCUGAUAUAUAUGAUAGGGUGGAAAGAAGGAGAGGGACAGUCGAAACCGUUAGAGAGGGGCAGUGGACAGUUUAAUCUCAAAGACAUCAUUGGGUCAGAAUAG